CUGCGGCGCUCCCUCGCUCGCUCUCCGCCGCGCUCUUUCCUGUGCUCCCGCCCGCCUCGCUUCCGCUUUCUCGGGGAGCUGGGCCCGGCCCGAGCCCGAGCGCUCCUGCUGCUUCGGGGAGCCCGGGGGACUCCGGGCUGGCAGGAUGUGGCUGAGCCCGGAGGAGGUGCUGGUGGCGAAUGCGCUGUGGGUGACCGAGCGCGCCAACCCCUUCUUCCUGCUGCAGCGGCGCCGCGGCCACGGCAAGGGCGGCGGCCUCACGGGUCUUCUCGUGGGAACACUGGAUGUCGUCUUGGAUUCCAGUGCCAGAGUUGCUCCUUAUCGAAUCCUUCACCAGACUCAGGACUCUCAGAUCUAUUGGGCCGUCGCCUGUGGUUCUUCCCGUAAGGAGAUCACAAAACAUUGGGAGUGGCUGGAAAAUAACUUGCUACAGACAUUGUCCAUCUUUGAGAAUGAAGAAGACAUCACUACCUUUGUCAAGGGCAAGAUACACGGCAUCAUUGCUGAAGAAAACAAGAACCUGCAGCCUCAGGGAGAUGAAGAUCCAGGAAAAUUCAAAGAGGCAGAACUAAAGAUGCGAAAACAGUUUGGAAUGCCUGAAGUGGAGAAGCUGGUCAAUUACUAUUCCUGCAGCUACUGGAAAGGACGAGUGCCCAGGCAGGGAUGGUUGUACCUGACUGUCAACCACCUUUGUUUCUACUCCUUCCUUUUGGGCAAAGAAGUAACCUUGGUGGUCCAGUGGGUGGAUGUAACUGAGUUGGAGAAGAAUGCCACCCUGCUAUUCCCUGAGUGCAUCAAAGUUAACACCAGGGACAAGGAGCUCUACUUCUCCAUGUUCCUCAACAUCAAUGAGACCUUCAAGCUUAUGGAGCAAUUGGCCAAUAUUGCCAUGCGGCAACUGCUGGACAGUGAGGGCUUCCUGGAGGACAAGUCCCUCCCCAAGCCUGUUAGGCCUCUCAAAAACAUCUCAGCCCUAAAAAGAGAUCUGGAUGCCAGGGCCAAAAAUGAAUGCUACCGGGCAACUUUCCGGUUGCCAAAGGAUGAACGGCUGGAUGGACACACUGACUGUACCUUAUGGACCCCAUUCAAUAAGAUGCAUAUCCCUGGCCAGAUGUUCAUCUCCAACAAUUAUAUUUGCUUUGCCAGUAAAGAAGAAGAGGCUUGUUAUCUCAUAAUACCACUGAGAGAGGUGACAGUGGUUGAAAAAGCUGACAGCUCCAGUGUGUUACCGAGCCCACUGUCUAUUAGCACCAGAAGUAAAAUGACCUUCUUGUUUGCCAAUCUAAAGGACCGAGAUUUUUUGGUCCAGAGAAUCUCAGAUUUCCUCCAGAAAACAUCAGCUAAGAAGCCAGGUGCUGGCAGCAGAGAGAAGGCCGGAGUCACAGACCCAGUACAAAGGGAGGAGGGCAGUGAUCUGCCUGUCAGCCCAUCCUCCACCCUCGACAGUCAGCUGACCUCCUUCUUAGAGGAGGCUCCAACAGCUUCUCAUGGACUUCUCAAACUUUUUCAAAAAAGCUCAUCCACAGAGUUUCUUGGACCCAAGGGGGCAAAGGAGAAGAUGAAAGAAGAAUCUUGGAAUAUUCACUUCUUUGAGUAUGGACGUGGCAUGUGCAUGUAUCGUACAGCAAAGACCCGGGAGCUAGUUUUAAAGGGUAUCCCUGAGAGCCUCCGUGGAGAACUUUGGCUCCUCUUCUCAGGAGCCUGGAAUGAAAUGGUGACCCACCCUGGAUACUAUGCUGAGCUGGUGGAGAAAUCCAUGGGCAAGCAGAGUCUUGCCGCUGAGGAAAUUGAGAGAGAUCUGCACCGUUCCAUGCCUGAACAUCCAGCCUUCCAGAAUGCAAUGGGCAUCGCUGCCCUCCGGAGAGUGCUAACUGCUUAUGCUUUUCGAAACCCAACAAUUGGAUACUGCCAGGCCAUGAACAUCGUGACGUCGGUGCUGCUUCUGUACGGCAACGAGGAAGAGGCUUUCUGGCUGCUGGUAGCACUCUGUGAGCGGAUGCUGCCUGACUACUACAACACCAGGGUGGUAGGUGCACUUGUGGACCAAGGCAUCUUUGAAGAGCUCACAAGGGAAUUCUUGCCUCAGCUCUCAGAGAAGAUGCAGGACCUGGGGGUUAUUUCCACCAUCUCCCUCUCCUGGUUUCUUACUCUCUUCCUCAGCGUUAUGCCUUUUGAAAGCGCUGUGGUCAUCGUUGACUGUUUCUUCUACGAGGGGAUCAAGCUCAUUUUGCAGGUUUCCUUGGCCAUCCUGGAUGCCAACAUGGAGCAGCUAUUGAAUUGCAGUGACGAAGGUGAAGCCAUGACAGUUCUGGGCAGAUACCUGGAUAAUGUGGUGAAUAAGCAAAGUGUUUCUCCCCCUAUCCCACACCUACAUGCGUUACUCACCAGUGGGGAUGAGCCUCCUCCUGAAAUCGACAUUUUUGAACUCUUGAAGACAUCCUAUGAGAAAUUUAGCAGUUUAAGAGGAGAGGACAUUGAACAAAUGCGGUUUAAGCAAAGACUAAAAGUCAUCCAGUCCUUAGAGGACACAGCGAAAAGGAGUGUGGUCCGAGCUAUAUCUAGUGACAUUGGCUUUUCCAUGGAAGAGUUAGAAGAGCUUUACAUGGUGUUUAAGGCCAAAUACCUGAUGAGCUGUUACUGGGGAAAUAACCGCAUGGCAGCCAUUCGCAGGGACCAGACCUUGCCCUAUCUGGAGCAGUACAGAAUCGAUGGGAACCAGUUCAGGGAACUCUUUGUCAGCUUGACCCCCUGGGCCUGUGGCUCUCACACUCCAGUGCUGGCUGGACGGAUGUUCAGACUUCUGGAUGAAAACAAGGACUCUCUCAUCAACUUCAAGGAGUUUGUGACUGGGAUGAGUGGGAUGUAUCAUGGAGACCUAACAGAGAAGCUUAAAGUUCUUUACAAGCUACAUCUUCCUCCAGCCCUGACCACAGAGGAAGCAGAGUCAGCUCUGGAGGCAGCACACUUCUUCCCAGAAGACCUCUCUACGGAAGUAUCUCCUUUUGUCUCAGACCUGGAUCUCUUCCUGCACUGUGAGACUCCAGAAGUUGCAUCUCCUGAAGAAAAAGAAGGCAGAAGUGGAGACUUCAAAGAUAAAAGAGAAGAGAAAGGGGCCAACUCCCCAGACUACAGGUACUACCUUCAAAUGUGGGCCAGUGAGAAAGAGUCCAAGAAAGAAACUAUUAAGGAUCUUCCCAAAAUGAGCCAGGAACAAUUUAUCGAAUUGUGCAAGACCUUUUAUAAUAUGUUCAGCGAGGACCCUGUAGAACAGGAGCUGUAUCAUGCCAUCGCUACUGUGGCCAGUCUCCUUCUCCGCAUUGGAGAAGUUGGCAAGAAAUUCUGCAGCCGGCCCCACAGAAAGCCAGAGGGCAACUCAGCCAGCAAUGAACAGGAUUUGACGAGUGAGGAGGAGUCUCUCCCAUCAGAACACAGGCAGAGCUCAGCUGGGGAGCAGCAUUCCCCUGUGGACCCAGAACAGAAAGGUGGGGGAGACAUGCAGUCUGGGAAGACACUGCGGGAGAACCAACUUGUAAGUGAGGAAGGGCGAGGAGAAGGGCAAGGCUCUCCCUCCCAGCUGUUGUCAGAUGAUGAAACCAAAGACGACAUGUCCAUGUCUUCCUAUUCCAUGGUGAGCACCAGCUCCCUGCAGUGUGAAGACAUUGCUGAUGACACUGUGCUGGUGGGGUGUGAAGCAGGCAGUCCUGCCUCCAGGUAUGGCAGCACCAUUGAUACUGAUUGGUCCAUAUCCUUUGAGCAGAUCUUGGCUUCCAUACUUACAGAGACUGCACUGGUGAACUUCUUUGAAAAAAAGGUCGAUAUUGGCCUGAAGAUCAAGGAUCAGAAGAAGAUGGAAAGGCAGUUUAGCUCAUCCAGUGACUAUGAACUCUCCUCCAUUUCAGGCUGACCCUCAUGUGAAUGAACAGUAAGGUUUUAGUAGGUAAAUGGGUGAGAUUGGACUAUUGUGGCACAAGAUGGGAGAAUUUUUUCUUAUUUUAACAAACAAGCCCAGAAUUCUCCACCACAUCAGUAACAGGCAUAAUUGAAAAGGGAGGGCUUUUCCCAA